AUGGCAGCACUCACAAGCAGCGGCGUCGAACAGGUCCUCCGCAAUGAGAACACCACGCAGGAUGAGGCGUACGAGAUCAUCAAGGGAUACUAUGUUGCCAACAGCCGCAAUCAGCGCAGCAUCCAGAUGAUGGCAAGCAAGCUCGGUCACUUUGAGGCCGACUUUCCCCGCUUUUCACAGCAGUUCGACAAGGUGCGCGAGCGGUACAAGAUUGAGAAGAUUGUGCCGAAUGCAGCUGCCGAGUGGCCUCCACAGGACAUCACGACGGCCGCGCGCCUCAGUGCCGCCCUGGGAGAUCAGCGGUGCUCGGAUGACGAUGCGGCCCGAUUCAUUUCUCAGUUCGCCGAGCAUGCCAGCAUGAGCGACACGCAUUCCCAGGACUAUCUUGUGCGCAAGCUCGACGAACUAGAGCAGCAGUACCCCCGCUUCUCCGGCGCGAUCCGCUCCGUCCGCUCCCGCCACACCGCCGCGCGCACCGGUGCGGCCCUCAACGCGGCUGGACACCGGCCCUCCGGGCCGACGGGAUUCACACGGCCACACGACCACAGCGGUCCUCCGUCGUACGGCCACCAGGGACCGCAGCAUGCGACGGCCCAGCAGGCGGAGUGGCACGGCGCGGCGCAGCAGCAGUACGCUCAGCCGGGACAGUAUGCGCCACCGCCAGGCGGUCCAGGCUACCAGCCGCCACAGUACGGCCAGCAACAGUACGGCCAGCAGCAACAGUACGGCCAACAGGGCCAGCAACAGUACGGCCAACAGGGCCAGCAACAGUACGGCCAACAGGGCCAGCAACAGUACGGCCAACAGGGCCAGCAACAAUACGGCCAACAGCACGGCGCAAACCAGGGAUACCAGGCCCCGCAGCAGCAGCAGCAGCAGACAGCAUACGUCCACCCCACGUCAAUCGGGACGAAGAUUGUGCCGCCGCCGCCUAUCCAUGUGCAGGCGCAGCAGAUGCACAACACUGCGCCCGAGACGACCGGGCAGUGGCGCCCGCCGAACCUCACCUCGCAGAUCUUUGGAUAUGUCAAGCCGAGCUGGAACGGCAAAUAG